AUGGCUACUCCAUCUGCCGCUGCUGUUUGGAACGCAUCGAAAAGUCCUGAGCAGUUUGUAGAGCCUUUUCGCAAAGAUGGUCACGCCUAUCGCAUUCGUAGAGAAGCUGAGGCUAUGAAAUUCGUACAAAGUCACACAUCGAUCCCUGUGCCAGCCAUUCUCGAGACGCAUUUUGGCUCAGGCGGCAAAGAGCCAAGCUGGAUUAUGAUGGAGCGAAUCACUGGAGAGCAACUAGAUAAAUCAUGGCCGAUUAUGACUGACAUGGCAAAGCAACGAGCGAUUACCGAGCUCAGAGAAUAUCUUGCCCAGCUACAUCGCAUUCGUCCAACUGGUUCUGGGUGGAUUGGAUCUUGUUCUGGAGGUCCAGCUUACGACCAUCGACUGAAUAAUAUGUCUAACUGCGGCCCUUUUUCGUCCAUUACCGAGUUUAACGAUUACCUUUUUGCCCCGGUCAAAAAUUGCCCACGGCCUGAAUGGGUCGCGAAAUAUCGCAACCAGUUCCGCGAUGAUUAUGACAUCCAUUAUGCGCACGCCGACAUCUCAGGAGAGAACAUCCUGUUGGAUCCUGGGACUGGUUCUAUCAUAGGAAUUGUGGACUGGGAAAUGGCCGGCUUUUGGCCCGAGUGGUGGGAGUACAGAAAGGCAUUAUUCGGCUCUCGGUCUCGUGAGCCGUGGAAUGGGAUUUUGAAGCAAAUCAUGGCGGCGUACGAUGCCGAAACUGAGGUUGACAUGGACCUUGAAAUGUUCUGA